UUAGAGAUUCUGGUGCAUCAAGUUUGCAAUUAAUUACAUCCCCUAUACAACCAUUUCGAGAUACAUCGGCAUCUACAGCUACAACUUGCAGGGCGUGUGCGGAGCAAUUCACAAGACAUGUCGCGCCUCAUAGAUAGUCUGCCAACUCCGGCUCAUGUCCGUGAGAAAUUGGUUAUAGUGACCAGCAGGAGUCGAUCUGGAACCUUUUCCCUGUACCAGGCUCUGCAAAUCCUGGGUUACAAGCCUUACCAUAUGUACGAGGUUGUGCAGACAAAUACACAUAUGGCCAUCUUCGAAGAGGCGUUGAGGUGUAAAUACUUCGGAGCUGGGAAACCUUACGGAAGAGCAGAGUUCGACAAGUGGUUUGCUGAUUACGACACAUUGAUCGAGAUUCCCGCUUUCUUCGCCGAAGACAUCAUUGCAGCAUAUCCAGACGCCAAGUAUAUUCAUGUCGACAGAGAUGUCGACAAGUGGUUGGUUUCUGUGCUGAAUAUCUGGCACACUGUGAGACCGCUCUUGAAUUCCACUGCAAUGAAAUUCAUGGCGCUGUAUGAUCCAUUCAUCAAACUCUUCAUCUCCCUGCACGUGACGAUACUUCGCUGCUUGGAUCAUGGUAUGCACAACGAAGAUCCCAACAUGGCCAUAGUCUUGAAAGAGGAUUAUCUCCAACUUACCGAUCAAGUCAAAAAGCUUGUCCCCAGGGAGAACCUGGCAUGCUUCUCGUUGGAAGAUGAGUUCGGCUGGGAGCAGAUAUGCCCGUGGUUAGGGAAACCCAUACCUGCUACCAAGUAUCCUCGAGGCAAUGCUCCGAAGGAGUUUCAGCAGCUCACUAUGAGGCUACUGGGUCCUUCUUUCGCAAAAGCGGCAGGCUUGGUAAUCGGGGCAGUUUCGAUCCCCGUAGGCGCUGGUCUGUGGUACUGGCUCAGGCUGAAAUAG